AUGGCGGCCCAAAGGAAGCUGUCCGUGACGGAGAACAUGGUAGCCAGUGGGAUUGCGGUGGUGGGCGCCACUGUGGUGACGCAUCCCAUCGAUGUUGUCAAGGUGCAGCUCCAGCUGUCGGCCAAAGAUGCCCAGGCGGACGCCUUCAGCAUCCGACGCUUCGUGAGCUUCUGGGCGAAGUUUCAAUCCAGGGUGGGCCUUCGAGGCCUUUUCUCCGGCGUUCAAGCCGCCGGCUUGCGGGCCGCCACCUACGGCUCCGUACGCAUCGGUUUGUGCGAGCCGCUGCAACAAAAAGUGGGGAACAAAACCGGGGGCGCAAUGAUCGCGGGCGUGCUGGCCACCGUCGUCGGCAACCCUUUUGAAGUGCUCAAAGUGCGUCUCCAAGCACGACCUGGAACAGCGGGAGAGCUGGAGCUCCUUCGAAGCAUGCUGCAGGAGGAGGGCCUCGCAGCUUUUGGAAGGGGCUUCGGCUGGGCAGCUGCGCGAUCUGCCCUGCUAACUGCCAGCCAAGUCGUUCCGUAUGCAUCGGCAAAGUCCGCCUUGCACCGAGCUGGCAUUCCUGAAGGAGGUCCGCUUCACAUCCUGGCCAGCCUGGUGGCUGGGGUCGUGUCCACAACGGUGACAGCGCCUGUGGACGUCUUGAAGACCAAGGUCAUGAGCUCGGAGGAUGGAGCUCCGCUCAAUGUCGCAGGGCUGCUCAAGAAGCAGGGGCCCUUCGUUUUCUUUAAGGGGUGGCUGGCCAAUUAUGUUCGUAUUGGCCCGCAGACGCUCUUCAUCUUUGUUUUCUUCGAGCAGUCCCGGCGCCUGGUGGAACAUUGGGGAAGAUGA